AGCCCGGCGGGCGGCAAGUUUCUCCGGCGCGGCGGCGGCGGAGCGGGAGCGGGAGGAGCAGGCGGCGGCUGCGCCCGCCCGCCCGGGCCCCGCGCCGAGGCCGCCGGCCGCGCAGCCCCCCGGGGGCGCGGGCGCCUGCCCCAUGUCCCGCAAGGCGGGCGCGGACGCGGAGUACACGCUGCGCAGCCUGAGCAGCCUCAUGGGCGAGCGGCGCCGCCGGCAGCAGGAGCCUGGCGCGGCGGGCGCCGCCGGGGAGCGCAGCCUGCUGGCGGCCGCCGGCUCGAGCGCCAGCCUGCAGGGCGCGGGCGCGGGAGGCGCGGACCUGGAGCGCGCGGCGCGGCGGCAGUUCCAGCAGGACGAGACGCCCGCCUUCGUGUACGUGGCGGCCGUGUUCUCGGCGCUCGGCGGCUUCCUGUUCGGCUACGACACCGGCGUGGUGUCGGGGGCCAUGCUGCUGCUCAAGCGGCAGCUCGGCCUGGACGCGCUGUGGCAGGAGCUGCUGGUGUCCAGCACGGUGGGGGCGGCCGCCGUGGCGGCGCUGGCCGGCGGGGCCCUCAACGGCGCGCUCGGCCGCCGCGCCGCCAUCCUGCUGGCCAGCGCGCUCUUCGCCGCCGGCUCGGCGGUGCUGGCCGCGGCGGGCGACAAGGAGGCGCUGCUCGCCGGCCGCCUGGUCGUGGGGCUCGGCAUCGGCAUUGCUUCUAUGACGGUUCCAGUGUACAUCGCCGAGGUCUCGCCACCCAACUUAAGAGGUCGAUUAGUCACCAUUAAUACUCUCUUCAUCACUGGAGGCCAGUUCUUUGCAAGCGUUGUUGACGGAGCCUUUAGUUAUCUCCAAAAGGAUGGAUGGAGGUACAUGUUGGGACUUGCAGCGAUUCCAGCAGUUGUACAGUUCUUUGGCUUUCUCUUUCUACCCGAAAGCCCUCGGUGGCUUAUUCAGAAAGGACAGACUCAGAAGGCCCGGAGAAUCUUAUCGCAGAUGCGUGGGAACCAGACCAUUGAUGAGGAAUAUGACAGCAUCAGAAACAACAUUGAAGAAGAGGAAAAAGAGGUGGGCUCAGCUGGACCUGUGAUCUGCAGAAUGCUGAGUUACCCCCCAACUCGCCGAGCUUUAAUUGUGGGCUGUGGUCUACAAAUGUUCCAACAGCUCUCAGGCAUUAACACCAUCAUGUACUACAGUGCCACCAUUCUGCAGAUGUCUGGGGUAGAAGAUGACAGACUGGCGAUAUGGCUGGCUUCCGUCACAGCCUUCACAAAUUUCAUUUUCACACUUGUGGGAGUCUGGCUUGUGGAGAAAGUAGGCCGCCGAAAGCUUACCUUUGGUAGUUUAGCAGGCACCACCAUAGCACUCAUUAUUCUUGCUUUGGGAUUUCUGCUGUCAGCCCAGGUUUCCCCUCGCAUCGCCUUCAAACCGAUAGCUCCAUCAGGCCAGAACUCCACUUGCACAAGUUACAGUUACUGCAAUGAAUGCAUGCUGGACCCAGACUGCGGUUUCUGCUACAUGAUGAACAAGUCGGCCGUCGUUGACUCCUCCUGUGUUCCGGUUAACAGAGCAUCUACGAACGAGGCAGCCUGGGGCAGGUGUGAAAAUGAAACCAAGUUCAAAACAGAGGAAGUAUUUUGGGCUUACAACUUCUGCCCGACUCCAUACUCCUGGACUGCACUUCUGGGCCUUAUUUUAUAUCUUGUCUUCUUCGCACCUGGAAUGGGGCCAAUGCCUUGGACUGUGAAUUCUGAAAUAUAUCCCCUUUGGGCACGAAGUACAGGAAAUGCAUGUUCAUCUGGAAUAAACUGGAUUUUCAACGUUCUGGUCUCACUGACAUUUUUACACACCGCCGAGUAUCUCACAUACUACGGAGCCUUCUUCCUCUAUGCCGGGUUUGCUGCCACAGGUCUCCUGUUCAUCUACGGCUGUCUUCCUGAGACCAAAGGGAAAAAAUUAGAGGAAAUUGAAUCACUCUUUGACAACAGGCUAUGUACGUGUGGUGCCUCAGAUUCCGAUGAAGGGAGGUAUAUUGAAUAUAUUCGGGUGAAGGGGAGCAACUAUCAUCUUUCUGACAACGAUGCUUCAGAUGUGGAAUGAUUUCCAGCUGCCUAGUGACUUAACAGACUUGAGGGAGAAAAGCAGCAAUUGGUGACCUCACUGCCCUGCUUCUAAUCUUGUUCUUUCCCAUCUAGUUUUGAAUGACAGCAUAUCCUAGAGUAUUUGGUUAGAAGGAAGAUGCAACCAUGACGACUUUCUUUCACAAGCAGAAACGUAAAAGAAAAUAUUUAGAGGAAUUUUAAUAGUUAUUGAACAAACGCUGUGUAAUUCCUUCCUGAGAUAUUGCGUCCAGUGACUUCAGUGGUUUCCUUCUUUGCUAAGACCACGUAAUAAUCAGUAGUGGCAACAGCAUCAGUGCUAAUGCAGCUGAGCCACACAGGUACACAAAGGAGGAUCUGGGACCUGGUCCAAGGAUGUUCUCCACCAAAACAUGGCCUGCUGGCCCUAAAUUCCCUAAGGACGAGUAGCUUACCUGUGAUCAGCUGUUGGAAAGUAAAUUUCAUUUAAGCUUUCAUAAAAAAAUUCAGAAGUGCCUCCUACAAGGGGCGCGGUCAUCCUUACCUCCUUUGGGUUCUGUUUUGGUUUCUCUCCAGUUCAGGCCUUGAGAGAGUUCUUCAGAAACUGACUCUGCACAGGACCUUUUGAAUGUGAUGAAAAGCAGGUCUGUUAAAGGGUUUAUUUUCAUAUAUAAUUUUUGUAUAGAUAAGCUAUUAAGUUUUGAUAAGAAAGAAAAGAUUUUUAUGGAUGCCUGGUUUAGUUAGGAUAUAACUAUCAACCCAAAAUAGCACCAGUUCUUCAACUCCAUUUCAGGGUCAGUUUUUGUUCAUGCUGACAUCACCUGACACUCACCACGCGUCAGCUCCAGACUCCCAUCCGUGCCUUCAUUUGUGCUAUAUAAAUAGCUGCUAGCAGACUAUUUUUCCCUUUCAUUUAAUUAAAUAAUGGGACUUGGUUCCCUUAGGAGAAGUUAAGAAAUUGUCACAUUAUAUCACUUAACAGUACUUGUCUUUUUUUUAAAUCUAAGAGGAUAAACUUGUUUUUAUUUUGCACACCCUUUUCCCUCACAAUUUACCAAAAAAAAAAAAGAUAAGACAGAUUUUUCUGUGAGUGUUCCCUUUUACUCAUGGCUGGCUUGGAAUUUUUUUCUUUCUUGUCCAGAAAUUGAGAUAUUUCUAUUGGAACAGAUUAAUGGUUCUACUAUAGCACAUGUCUUUAAGAAAUGUUUACUUACAUUUCUACAAAAUUAUGCUCAUUCAUCAAUGAACUCUAAUUUUUGCUCUUAUAUUAAGAACUAUAUAAUAUGUACAAAAUUACUUGCUAGUUCCAGUGAAAAUAUGAAUGAAUCUUCUGUGGCCAGUUAGGAACACAUAAGACUGGUGCAUUUUAACAUGCCUCUAAUAAUCUAAUAAGGUACUUUUGGGGGUAAAAUGUGGCUUAGAUAAGAGAACAAGAAGACAUCAAAGAGACUGGCAGAAACACUGAAUUUAAAGUCUGGCUUGUUCCUACACAGUUGGAAAGCACAGCCAAGAAGGUUCAUUCUCUUAGUCACUUGGGUAUUUUAUGUGCUUAAAUGGUCACUUUACUGGCCUAAAAAUCCUUCAGCCAAAAUAAAGUUUUCUCCCUUUCGAUCACUGCAUAUUACAAAAAUCUAGAGUUCUUUUUCCCUAGAAUUAUGUGCUUUGACAAUUGGUUUCUAAGGGGACAUUUAUUGAUUUUUCCCCAGAAAAGCAGAUGUGAUUUAAUAGAGAAAAUUAUUAUCUAUUGAUAUUUUUUAUCCCGUAAGAAAUUUCUUAUCUGUGUAAUGUGAGAGGUGUAAACUGAGAAGUGGGAAAUGAGCUAUUAUGUGGUCAAGUCAGUAUAUAAUGGGGAGAAAAAGUACAUAGACCAAUAAAGUGCCGUCUUCUUUGAAAAUUUGUUUUUCUGAUUUAUCCAGAUAAUUGUUUUUAUUGUAUAUAUAGCCUUAACUAUAUGCUUACCUACUCAGCUGGGCUGAAUGCACAGUAACUUUAUUAAAGGAGCAACUGGGCUAACAUAAGUCAGUGGUGUUUUAACUUGGUAUUUAUAAAUGCACAUAGUAAAGGGAAUUUUAGCCACAGUUCUCCUCCCCUAUUCUUCUGAACCCCUUCUUUAAAGGAUUAUUUGUUAUAUGUGUGUAUGUAUAUAUACACAUAGUGAUAAAGAUAAUCCAUAUCUUUGAAGUACAGGACAGAGAGGUGCAGUAUGAGAUUUAUAAUUUUUUUAAAACUACUUAAAAAGAAACCUUGUACAAUUAGGGUAUUAUUUUUAGAUUCAGUGAAAGUAUUUAUAGUAUCUUAAAUUUUGAAUUUUGAGGGUUUUUUUAUAUCAUGCACCAUUUAGGUUCCCAGUACUUUUGGCUACCACUAUCACCUUGAAAACAUUCCAUUUGAAAUAGAAAUAUAUAUUGUGCAGGACAAUUUAUAUAUGGUAUGAUCUGACUUACCAUAUUCAAACAGAUUAAGCAUCAUGCUUUUAACUGAAAUUACAGGCUUCCUUCCAAACAUGCUGCAAAUUCAACAGAGGUAUGUUUUGGGAAAACAUGGAGGAGGUGGUUGUAACCCCUAUUCAGGCUUACUUAACAUGAUGGCUGAUGAGAUCUUACAACAUUCCAUCUGAACACAUAAUGGCUGAAUAUGAUGUCAGAUAGGUUUUAAAGUUUUGGUAUUAAUAUUUUUCUUCAGUAAACAUUCCUACUAAUUUUGAUUGUUGCACCUUAGUAAUUACCCAAAGCAUGAUUUCAAUGUCUAUGUAAAAGAUCUAAAUUCUGUUCCCAGCCAUAUGCAGUAAUUAGUUCCCUGGUGAAAAAUGCUGACAGUAAUGCUGUCAAGUGCUUUUUCAUAAUUUUAAGUUAUUUGCUGUAAAAUGGGAAAUCUAGAAAAGUGAACAGGAAGAAUAUGUUAGUUGACAACUUACCGUUUUGCAUCAGAAGGUAAGACUGAGAUACAUAUAAUAAGCCAUAGAUCCUGGGGGGAGGAUAUUCUAGAAAAUAUUAUAAGAAAGUCUCACAAUUCAGUGACACUAACAUAGUUUAUAAAUACUGUAAUGCAUGAGGAGAGUGGUAAGAUUGUUUUAUUAUAAUCUUUUUUUUUUUUACCAUACUCCUAGUUAUAAAAUCUCAAAUUAUACGAAGCACCUAACUAGUAUUUAUAUAGUUAUGACAAAUUUUCAAUUACCAAAUUCGACCUUUUCAGUAACUACAAAUAAAAGAUUGAUAUGCCAGGCCAGGAGCAGAGAAUUCAUAACAUGCACUUUAUAGCAAAUUGUGGAUAAAACUUAAGCUCAAAUUGUGGAUAAAACUUAAGCUCAUAUGUACCCGCUGCCCAUAAAAAGACUCAGAGUUGUUCUCUGCAUUAACAUCCUGCUUUCUGUCAGUUUAUCAGUUUUCUUACCCUCGUGUACAGCACCGGUAAGCUGACUUCAUGACGUGGUUGAGGCCAGAGCAGCAUGUCAGUUAUCAGUACAUUCAGCUCUGCUGGGUGAGCAAUAUUGCUGUUUUUUAGAAAUAGCAAUCAUUUUUAUUUUUUGAAAUGCCAAACUCUCUUGUAUAUUUAGAGAGGAAAUUUUUGUGUGCCAAUAAUAAUCAAAGACAUAUUCUGCAGGAGUGUUAAUGAUGUCCACAAGUACAGGACAGAAUUUUAUUAUAAUUUGCUUGUGAAUGUAAAACAGUGUAAUUUCUAUAAAUCUUUGUGUGUAUAAAAGAGUCUGUUGCACUUAAGUGAUAUGGUCUACAGAAUGUUAAAUACCUACCUUCAUUUAGCAGUAAUACUCAGAUUUUUAUUUUACAUUGUUCAUGUGUUUGCUUUUGUCAAUAUAAAUGAGGAAAAGAAAUGCAGCUUACAAGAACUUAAAAUUAAAAACUGAUACUUGGUAAAGUUUUUAAAUUUUAGCAAAUUAAAAUCAUUCCAAUUCAUUUGAAGGUUUAAAAAGAAGAGACUUUAGCCAAAGCAAAAAUUUAUAUUCUCCAUGUUCAAACUGGUUCCUAGUAGCUUUUGGAAUAUAUCUCAUUUGAUGUUUUAUCUUUUAUUUGUAAUAAAUGUUCAAAUUUCUACAUAGAAUCCGUAAUGUACAUCUAGAUUAAAUCAUAGUUUUAUGCUUUUAAAAUAUAUGUAUUUCAAAAUGUACAUUUUGAGUGCAUGUUACAUAGUGUUUAAUAUUUCACACAUCUUGGUAAAUUCAGUAUUUAUUCCCACAUGUGAUAUAUGGAAUAUCUCUUAAAAUUAUGAAUAUGUAUCAAAGUCAUUCUAGCCUAUAGCUAUAUUAAAAGUAUUGUAUAUUUUAUGGAGAUUAAGUGAUGUAUAUGUAAAUGUUUUUUAAGUUAUUUUACUGAAGUUCAAUAUUUACAUAAAAUUUGAAUCUUUUUUUAAAGUGUCAGUGCCAGAACUAUAAAUAAAAAUAAUCAAAUAAAAGUUAAGACAAUUCAUUACUCAA